AGCCUCCCCGACUCUGACCUCCAUUUACCAAAUACCAGAAUACAAAAACCAGUGGACAUGUCAACCACCAUUCCCACGCCUUCGUCUUCCUCUUAAGCUCUCGAACCAACCCUCUUAAUCUCCAACCCACAAUAAUUAUUACUAAUAUUAUUUAAUAUAUAUUCAAAUUAAAUACUUAUUCUAAUUUGAUACUCCUUUGUUAUUAGUUUUCUUUGUUGUUGCUUAAGAAUAAUUAAGAAGUCAAUUAGUCGUUGUGCUUUCACUUUCUCCAUUUGAUCGGCUGGUAACUUCCUCCAAUCUUUGACUCCAAUUGAAGCAAAACCCCCCUCUCUUAAGCUGUUUACUCCAAUGGGUUUCCUGUUUUUCUCUUCGUUUUUUCGAUUUCUUUCCCAACACAGAGGCUUGGCGGUGGCGGUGGAAAUUCGGAGUUGAAUUUCGGGGAUGGGAUUUAUGGGGUUUGGUUCGGGGGUCGUGAGGAAUUUGGGGUGUUUGUGGUCUCGGCGGAGCAAGCUGUACUGGGUUGUAUUCUGGGUUUGGGUUGCUUUUGUGCUUUUGCCGCCGGUGGCCAGUCUUCGACCCUUGCGGGAACGAGCUCGAUCAUGGGGCGAUGAGUGGCUAUUUGUAAAAAAAGAUGAAAUUGAUUUGGGACCAUUUUCUACAUGGAAUAUAACAGGAACUUACAGAGGGACUUGGAAGUUUCCUGAUUCAACAAAUAGCUCUUCCAGAUUUCCGGAUUUUAGGAAUUCCCAUGGCAACAGUAUCAUUGAAUUGGUUAGCACGCCGACAAAAAUAACUGGCGUACAUUACGUACAGGGGGUAAUUAUUUUCCAUGAUGUGUUUGACAAUGAACACAAUGUUGGUGGUGUUCAAAUCAGGGUGGAGGGUGUAUUUAUAUGGCCGUUUAGACAACUUCGAAUGGUAGCUAACAGUGGAAAAGAGGGAGAGUCAAGCCAAGCAGAAGAAUAUUUAUUGUCAAAUCCUUAUCAUAUGAGGUUUCAAGUACUCACACAUUACAUGGUACCUUUGCAACAGCUUGGAGUUUUCUCUUCCCAGGUUUUCCAAGAAUCUCCUAGAGAUAAGAUAUGGAGGAAAAAACAUUCUCCAAUCUAUGAAAUGGAGAAACACUGUAAUGUAGAAAUCGCGGGCCAAGUUUCACGUGUCUCAUCCACCCAUAAUGAUGGAGAUCGUGAUCGAUACCAUAUAGAAUCGUUGAUGGAGAGUCCUUCAGUGGAUGAUGAUGGAGAUUGCUUCUCUCCCUUGAUAUUAAACGCUACUUCUGUCAAUGUGGAGGUGUACUACAACAAAGCAGUGAACUAUACUUUGAUGGUCACCUUUGUCUCUUUUCUCCAAGUUCUCCUCUUAAUUCGGCAAAUGGAACAUAGCAACACUCAUUCAGGGGCUGCCAAAGUUUCGAUUCUAAUGAUUGGCCAACAGGCUAUCAUGGAUGCUUAUCUCUGCCUUCUACAUUUGACUGCAGGAAUACUUGUUGAAUCCUUGUUUAAUGCUUUUGCGACUGCUGCUUUUUUCAAGUUUGUUGUCUUCUCAAUAUUUGAGAUGAGAUAUCUUCUUGCUAUAUGGAAAGCUAGUAGGCCUACAAAUAGCGGGGAAGGUUGGGAGACGAUGAGGCGUGAGCUUUCAGUUCUAUAUAGCCGUUUCUAUGGGAUUCUUUUGGGAGGCAUUCUGCUCAUGUAUGAGUUCCAUAACUUCUUGAGACCUAUUCUUCUCCUUAUGUACUCCUUUUGGAUACCUCAAAUUAUCACCAAUGUCAUUCGUGAUUCAAGAAAACCUUUGCAUCCUCAUUACAUCUUGGGCAUGACUGUUACGCGGCUUGCAAUCCCAUUAUACAUAUUUGGUUGCCCUAACAACUUCAUGCGCAUUGAGCCUGACAAGAGUUGGUGUAUUUGUUUGGGUGUAUUUAUUGGACUGCAAGCGUCCAUUCUUCUUCUUCAGCACUAUCUUGGCUCGCGGUGGUUCAUUCCUCGUCAGAUUCUACCUGAAAAAUAUAGCUACUGUAGAAGGCUUGAUCAGAAUACGAAUCGCACCACAGAUUGUGUCAUUUGCAUGACCGCAGUUGAUCUCACACAACGUUCAAACGAUCGCAUGGUGACACCAUGUGAUCAUUGCUUUCACUCGGGUUGUUUACAAAGGUGGAUGGAUGUAAAGAUGGAGUGCCCAACUUGUCGGCGUCCACUGCCACCAGCCUGAUCCUUCCAGUCUGUCUAUAUCAUGUAUAGGAUCAACUGACAUCGCCCAGCUCACUAAUUUUGGUUGGGCAUUGAAUCGAUAUUCAGGUUGAGCGCACCUUCCGAAGGAAGAAGGAUGAGGUACGGCAUAUAAUCAAUCAGUUUCCAUUUCCAAAAUGUAACAGAUUCUGCAUCAGUUGUUACUCGAGCCAACAAUUUUUAAUUUUUCACUUUUGCUUUGUUUGGUUUUGUUGUAUAAUGUGUAAUGUGUAUGUAGGAAGCAAUUCUUUAGGUGCAAAUUCUUGCCAAGUCCAUCAAUUGUUGUAUAAUGUAUAAUGUAUAAUGUAUAAUGUAGUAAACAAUUGUUGUAGGAUCUUGUAGACUUGCAAUAACGAAUUCUAUUGGAGAAUAAAGUCUCACGGCGGAAAUGUAACAAAAUAAUAUACAGCUUAUAUGUCAGAGUUUCACUCUUAAUAUCACCGAGGUUUUUUAUGGAAC